UAUACUUGUGAAGAAAUGUCUGUAUUCACAGGUUUAAGGCUGAACAGUAAAAAUAGAUUUUUGAGUGAAACAGUGUGGGCAAGGAAGUUAACAGAAACAUGUUAAUUUCUUUCUCGCUAAAGGACUUGUACUUCCCCUAUUUGUUACCAAUGUGAUCAACAGGAAACCUACAGGGAAGUUCUCUUAUUCUUUCUUUUCUCGGUGCAUUCAGUCAAAUCCUGGGUCUUGCUGAUUUUAAAGAUAUAUACAUGUACUAUGGAGUAAUUUGGUCAAUUUUUCUAAAUUAUUUAACUUUGUAACCAUAUAGGAACUUUUUAAGCUUGCUGGUUUUUGUCUUCUGGCCAUCUUCACAAGUUUUUUGCUAGCUUUUUUUUCUCUCGUGUCUUACCACACUUCUUGCGGGUAGAUCGUCUCAAGCUUUUCACAGUGUUUAUCUGUAGACUGACAAAUGGAUGGUGAAACAUCUUUUCAGCUUUCCAGCUGUCAUGUAUCUUGUGUGAUGUGAAGUUACAGUUGAAGGAAAGGCUGCUGUUUUGGGAACCGAGUUAUUUCUUUCUUUCUUUUUUUUCUUAUACUGAAGAGUGGUAAACUUGAAACCAUGAGUUUUGAUAGUAUUCCUUCUAAAUCAGAGGUCAUGGGUUGGGAUCCACCUCACUUAGCUGACUUUUUGAGAAGGCGAGAUCUGGCUGGCUGUGACAAAGUCGUUAUGAAAAGUGGAAUAACCGGGCACAGAUUUCUGAAUAUGUCAGAUAAUGACCUUCAAAAGUUCCCUAAAAUUCAUGCUCCACUCAUCUCCAAGAUCUCCCGGGAAAUCAACAAAAAAGAGGAGAAGAGAGGAUUUUUCCAAUUAAGAUCCUCUGCACCCAAGUACCAAGAAGCAGAUUUGCCUGCGGAGGACCAAGGCUGGGGUUCUGAAGAGUUUGAAAGCGAUGAUGAUUACGAGAGUCCAAAUUCAAACGAUGAAGGAGAAGGCAGUGGUGGAGAUUAUGAAUCAGCAGCAGAUGCUGGAGUGGACAGUGAUAAUGACUACGAGCCGCCCCCAAGUGAGCCGCCUGAUGACGUACAGCAUCACCAAAUCUGUGCUGCCAAGCACAGCAACAGCGAGUACAUUGAUCGAUCUUCAGUCAAAAGCCAGCCACCAGUGCCUCCAGCACGGCCCGGGCCUGGUCCUGGUCCUCCACUUCCUGCCAUGGGACGCCCGAGUAUUGUUGGGACAUUCCCAAGGACAGAACAGUCUCCUCAAAGGACUCCGAGACCUCCUCCUCCUGAUCGCAGUAAAAAACCAGGGAGUCUGGAAAGGGGGGCUACUAAUAAAGGUGGGAAUGUCAGUACCUCACUCGAGAGGAGUGUCAAGCCGCCAGCAAGGAAUGCUGGAAUGGAUAAGCUUUUGGAGCCUCCACGAAUGGCCAAACCUCCACUACCCACAGCAGGAGGGGUGCGGAGAAGUGCCUCCUCUGUUAAUCCUGGUCAAUCUUAUAACAGACAAUCUCCUGAUCCCAGAGCUGAGUUACUUGAUGAUAGUGCCAGGUCCAGCUUCACCUUUCCUCACUCCAAGCACGCCAGGAAUCCAUCACCAAGACCACAACCACAUGGUCCUGGAGGUCCACCUGACAGUAUUAAUCAGACUGCAUCUCUACCUCCAAGACUGCAUGAUGCAAUGAGAGGGGGUAGCUCGAGAAUUCCCCCACAACAACCAAUGAGGCCUUCUGAUCUAAAUUCAAGAGGAGAGCAGGAUAUGGACCCUUUAUGGUAUGUGGGACAGGUUACACGUGGUCAGGCAGAAGGCAAUCUGAGAAGGGUAAACAUGGAUGGAGCAUUCUUGGUACGGGACAGCUCAAAGGGCUCUGCCACCCAGCCUUACACACUCAUGGUACUGUACCAGAACAAAGUCUUCAACAUUCAGAUUCGGAAAGCUCAGGACGGCUUCCUGCUUGGUACUGGCCUUAAAUCUUCUGAGAUCUUUCAAAGUGUCAAUGACAUUAUCAACCAACACAAGCAGAUGCCACUGCUGCUGAUUGAUGCGAAAAACCGUGGAAUGGGUCAACAAAACCAGUGUGCUCUGAGUUACCCUGCUGGAUUUUGACUCUCAAAAGGACAACAUAGUAGAGUGGGCAGUUAUAUCACACGUCAUGACAGGAAAAACACCACUAUGUACAAAUACUUUCCCAGAGGGAUCAUAAAGACAUGGCGACAAACAUUUGUUACUUGUAUGUUUUUGGACGCAGUCACAUCAAUAAGCUGGAUGUGCAUCUUGCUAUUGAUAAAUUGAUAUAUAGUCAUGGGGAAGUGUGAGUGUGCUGCUCUUUAGAGUUUAAUGAAGAAAAUAAGGUAUAUAGAUAGAAAUAUAUAUACGCUAAGAUAUAGAACUGGAGACCAGAUGGCGACCAGGACAAACCAAGUGCAUGAGUCAAUCAUGGCUUGAGCUAAAUCUAUCAAGAUUUUUUGUUGUUGUUGUUGCUUUCUGUUUUUCAGAUUAAUAUUCUCAAAUAUUUAUGUGUUUACAUGUAUGGUCAUUCAAACUGAAAUGCUUGGAUAUCGUUUGGUGAUGGGUUUUUUAAUUUAAUUUUUUAUUUUUAUUUUGCUUGAAUAAAAUUCUCUGCAGCUCUAA